AUGUUUCCAUUGGUUAAAUCCCCAUAUCUUCAUCCCUUCCCUUCAUGGACCCUCAGGAAGCAGCUCUUCCACUACGAAUCCAGCAAAGGUCAUCUGUCAGCCCUGGAUGGCCUGCGGGCGCUGGCCUUGCUGUGGGUCUUCUCGUUGCACAGCUUGUUGGUUGAGACCUGGGACGUGGAAACGCAGAAACGCCGAGAGAUUCCAGUUUUUGAAGACCUAAAGCUACAGUGGUGGGCACAAUUGCCGCUUCACGGCAACACUGGUAUGGAUGCAUUCUUUGUUCUCAGUGGGCUUUUGAUGAGCCGUGCGUACCAGAAGAUCCAGUCAUCAUCCAUCAAGGAGCGAUAUGGUGUUUUCCUAUUAAGGCGUCUGUGCCGAAUUUGGCCCAUGGUUUGUGCAGCUGUGUUGGCGAGCAUGGUGAUCAGUUGUAUACAUCCUGCACGCACUUUGCCUUCUCAAUGGGUUUGGACGCACCUUUUGCUGCUGCAGAAUCUCUUUGUGGAUAGUUUGAAGAAUCCAGACCUGCCAUUUGUGGAGCGUUGCUGCUGA